CUCAUCCAAUCCAAGCCCAUUAAUGAUGAACCCUCUACUUGAAACCGAGUAACCGACAAGCCCAUAAACCAACCCGCAAAGCGUUCCUUAGAUUUUUAGCCUUCCCUUCCCUUUCGUCCCAAUCGUCCACAAGGUUCUGUGAAUCUGUGGUCGCUCGAGCUCAUCAAUCCAGAGAAGUUAUGGCGGCAAUAAGUCUGCGGAAGGGGAACACGCGUCUGCCGCCGGAGGUUAACCGAGUUCUAUACGUCCGGAACCUGCCGUUCAACAUCACCAGCGAGGAGAUGUACGACAUCUUCGGCAAGUAUGGAGCCAUCCGGCAGAUCCGGAUCGGCACGAACAAGGACACCCGCGGCACCGCUUUCGUCGUCUACGAGGAUAUCUACGACGCCAAGACCGCCGUCGACCAUCUCUCCGGUUUCAACGUCGCGAAUAGGUAUUUGAUUGUUCUGUACUAUCAGCAAGCCAAGAUGAGCAAGAAGUUCGACCAGAAGAAAAAGGAGGAAGAGAUUCAGAAGCUUCAAGAGAUCUAUGGGUUUUCCUCCAAAGAUAAGUAGUGUCAGGUCCAAUGCACCUCACUCUUUACUGAUUUGCAAAGUGAUAGCUAAGCUGAUUGUGAGGAAAAUCUAUUAUAUACUCCGUAUGUAUUUCCAGUUCUGAAUCAAUUCAACAUAUAUUUUGUUGUCUCUCGCUAUGCUCUCAUCUACCAUUUUGUGUGUUAAGGUUUUAUACUUGUGUCUGAAGAAAUUUGGCCUCGGCCCAACAAACCAAUAUAGUGUCAAUGCACGU